GAAGCUUUUGCACACGACACUUAUUUCUUAUUUUGCCGGUAUUCAACAGUUAUCAUUUUCUUCUUGCGAUAGGCGACAACUCUUGGAGGUCCAGUACGGUUCAAGUUAUUCAAUAGAUUAAAUAACUAGCGGAACGAUGAGCAACACUGCAGGACAGGUUAUUUCAUGCAAAGCGGCCGUUGCUUGGGAAGCCAAGAAGCCGCUUUCGAUCGAAACGGUCGAGGUGGCACCCCCGAAAGCCGGAGAGGUACGCGUGAAGAUUACGGCCUCCGGCGUGUGCCAUACGGAUGCCUAUACGUUGGACGGUCACGACUCGGAGGGAAUUUUUCCGGUUAUCUUGGGUCACGAAGGGGCCGGUAUUGUGGAAAGCGUCGGCGAAGGUGUGACGAAAUUCAAACCGGGAGACCACGUGAUUCCGUUGUACAUUCCGCAAUGCUUCGAGUGUAAGUACUGCAAAAGCCCGAAAACCAACCUUUGUCCGAAGAUUCGUGCCACUCAGGGAAAGGGUGUGCUGCCAGAUGGCACUAGCCGGUUCACGUGCAAGGGCCAGCAGGUGUACCAUUUCAUGGGAACUUCUACUUUUUCGGAGUACACCGUCGUAGCGGAGAUCUCUCUGUGCAAGAUUGAUGAGACAGCGCCGCUGGAAAAAGUUUGCCUUCUAGGAUGCGGCAUUCCGACUGGAUACGGCGCAGCUCUUAAUACCGCUAAAGUCGAGAAGGGAAGCAGUUGUGCCAUCUGGGGACUGGGAGCAGUUGGGUUGGCUGCAGCCAUGGGUUGCAAAGCUGCCGGAGCUACCAGAAUUAUCGGUGUCGAUAUCAACCCGGAAAAGUUCAAAUUGGGCGAGAAAUUUGGCUGCACAGAGUUUGUUAACCCCAAUGAUUAUGACAAACCCAUUCAGCAGGUGUUAGUCGAGAAGACCGAUGGAGGAUUGGACUACACUUUCGAAUGCGUUGGCAAUGUUAUGACCAUGCGGGCCGCUCUGGAAUCCUGCUCCCGUGGAUGGGGUGUCUCGGUUAUCAUCGGAGUGGCUGAAUCGGGACGUGAAAUAUCCACACGCCCCUUCCAGCUGGUUACGGGAAGAACCUGGAAAGGAACGGCUUUCGGUGGAUGGAAAAGCGUUGAUAGUGUGCCAAAGUUGGUGACCAGCUAUUUGAAUAAGGAGUUGAUGGUAGAUGAGUUCAUAACGCACACUAUGCCGGUCGAAAAGAUCAAUGAAGCAUUUACGCUUAUGCACGAAGGAAAAAGUCUUCGAUCGAUUGUUAAUUUCUAAAUACGAAUACCUACUGGGGCACUGAAAUUUGAUGUCAAUAUAAGGAUGCAUUUUAUAAUA